AUGACUGCACUCCGUCCUCCCACACUCUGCACUACUGAGAAGAGGAGACCAAGGAGGUGCAAUGUUUAAUAAGAGUCCCUCUCUUGUUCACAGUUGCAUACUUGUUUCUCAAAGCAAGCAUUGCUAGUUUGGUCAAUGUUGUAGAUUUAAAGGCAUAUGUUAGUUUAUUAUUGUUCAAAAUGUAACAUUUUUAUAUUAUUUUACAGGAAGGAGAAUCAGAAAUCAAGUUGCGUGGCAAAAGACGUCCCCUCGAGAGAAGUAAGUUGCGAAUUGUGUUGAUCAAAAUAAAUAUUCAGAUGACUUGAGUCCUACUAUUAGUUGACCUUUGCAUUUGGUGAUACUUUCGCUUUCAUCUUUGUACGUAUGCCAAGGAUGACAUGGCUGUUAGAGAUCAACCAUUUGGAAUUCAGGUGAAUAUAUGAAACUUUUGCAUAGAUUAAUAUUGUGCCGUUUUCCCAUUUGUGUUGAAUUAACUCAUGACAUACCUAUUUAUGACAAUCUGCUGUUAAAUGUGAUUACCCUCAGAGCUAGGCUAAAUAUUAUCCUAUUAACAAAAUAAAUGUGAUGGCAUUUGACACUUGGUGGUGCUAAAGUAAAGGAUUAUAUUUAACUCGGGAUAACGAUGUGUUAAUUUACAUUAUGGCAGGUGUCUAUGUAGUAUAUAUGCUUUGCUUGUCGUCAUUGCAAUUGGGUCGUAUGGGAGGUGUUAUAAGUGAUGGAAUGAAUGGAUAAGUCCAGUCUAAUGACCUGUGAUUUUCAGGUGCGCAACGUGAGAUGCGUCAAGUGUCACAAAUAGGGCCAUGUGAAUACAGACAGAGUGCCCUCUCUUCCGCCUGUCUGGGAUCAAUGCCAGCGCUGCGCCCACAGAGGAAGCAGGUACAAAUAACAAUCUGACCUACCUGGAUAAAUAGAGGAAAAAGGUUGACUGCUAAUUCCAAAUAAUAUUUCACAGAUGUAGCUAAUUGUUUAUUUUAAACUAAAUGUUAUGACGUUUAUAUUCAUAUUUUCAUUCUUAACAAUGAAAUGAUCCUCUCUUUUUUUUGCACCGACUUUGAAAUAAUUUGAAUAAAGAACCUAUGAUGCAUCUAUUGCAGCCAAAUUGCAAUAAUAAUUUGUCCAAUAGAAUGGGCAUUCAGUAUUACAUUGGACAUUUGUGGAAAGUCUUGUAACAUGUUGUAGCAGUAGUUUUCAUCACUCCUGGUGUCCUGUAGAGCUUCCAGAGUGGAGCUGAUUCUGACUCCUACAAUCAGGAAGUGAAGUAGUAAAUUCAUGUUUACCACGGGAGAGUCUUGCGCAUGGUGUUGAUGGUGGAGGGCCAUAAUGGAGCCCCUCCUGUGCUGGGAGAAAAAUGCAAUUCUUGUGUAUUCUGAUUCCACUAACCACUGCUUUGGGAGAGUGAUAUUGUAUGAUUUGCUCAGCCUGAAGACGAGUGAGUUGAUUUGGUGUCCCUUUCUGUUAACAAAGCCGCCCCUGAAUUCCCCACUGUGGAAGCAGUGACGGAUGUGGACAGACAUCAAUGGGACUUUGAGGCUGUGAUUUGUGCUAACAGGUCCGUCGAUGCACCCCUCCGAGUUAAUGGUGGAGAUGUGAAACAGUGUGUUUGCCCUGAAGAAAUGUGUCCUUGGAAGAAAUUCUACUGUUUGUGAUCCAUCGCAGGUAAUCUUCUGUUCCUCUUCCACCCUGAAGAAAAAGACAAACAAUAUCCAUGGCAGAUCCCCGGUCUAAAUGUGAUUGCUGAAAAAUGGCCAAUUAUCAGAGUAAACCACUGAGCUCUUCCAGUCGCUGCAAGUUUAGUCAAUUGGGCAGAUGUGAUGAGACUAACUGCUAAAAUUAUAGGAGUGUUGCAACACCAGAUGCAAUAGUAUAUAGUUUAACCCCCAUCCCCCAUAAUCCCCCCUCAAACAGAAGCAGGGGUUGUUCUACUCUUACUUACUUCGCUUCUAAACAUUUGUGACAUCUCUUCUUUAUGAAGUUUUAUUCAUGUUUUGUUAGUAUUUGAUGCAUGCUUUUUUAUUUUAAUUGUUUGAUUUAUUACGAAUUGUUUUUAUGCUAUAGGAGUAUGUUGUCAAUGAAGAAGAGGAGGAUCCUGAGGUUGAAUUCCUGAAGUCGUUGACCACCAAACAGAAAUUAGAAGCUCCUCAGGUAGGAGAGCACCACCAUUCAUAGAUUUAGUUGUUUAGAAUAUAAUAUGCUUAUUGUAAAAUAAGACAAAGACUCUGAGAGCUCCAGUGAAAGUAGGAGAUGCAGUGACUCAGACUCUGACAGCUCCAGUGAAAGUAGGAGCAGCAGUGACUCAGACUCUGACAGCUCCAGUGAAAGUAGGAGCAGCAGUGACUCAGACUCUGACAGCUCCAGUGAAAGUAGGAGCGGCAGUGACUCAGACUCUGAGAGCCAGAAGAGAAAGAAGAAGGGCAAGAGAAAUUACUCCUGUGGUGAUAACAACACGGAGAGUGAUGGAUGA